CAUGAUUAUUCAACUAAUUGAUUUUCUGUUCUUUCUGCUUUGUUUCAUUUUUACAGAGAGACUUCGGCGAGAACGGCCUAACGGUAGAGGGACUACAAAGGGGGCGAGGACUUCUACCAGGGUAGCCUCCAAGCCCAUACCAGUACCAAGAGCUGCCACGCCUCCAGCUGCCCCGACACCAGCUGCCCCGACACCAGCUGCCCAGACACCAGCUGCCCCGACACCAGCUGCCACGCCUCCAGCUGCCCCGACACCAGCUGCCCCGACACCAGCUGCCCCGACACCAGCUGCCCCGACAACAGCUGCCCCGACACCAGCUGCCCCGACACCAGCUGCCACGACACCAACGCCUCCGGUAGCCCCAUCACCGACGGCCACACCACCACCAGCUUCGCCACCAACUCCGAGGGCACCAACCCCCUUCAGCGACUUCGAGGAUUCUCCUUCGGCGGAGGAAUCGUCUUCUACGCCGGGCCACGUACCAACACCCCCAGACACGAUUCUACCACCAACUUGGCAACGCAGUCACCCACCAGCCCAUCCGACCUCACUCCCUCCAGUGUACCAGCAGCAUCGGCCGUUCGUCCACCAGCCCCGGCCUGUCCACGCCCCUCAGGCCUUCGGUACCGCUGUGACUCCCGACGUCCUGCAGAUGUUCUCAUACCUACAGGCCCAGAAUCAACGUCUGGAGAUGGAGCUUGCUAGGAUGAGGCGAAACUUCGACGAGGCACAUGGGACUGGCGAUUCUGAGAAGCCCCCUGGAAAGUAUGUCGCCCUUGUCGAUGGAAUUCAUGUGUUGAUUGGUUCUUCAACCGACUCUUGGAGGAUUGACAGGAGUGUAUAUGAAAGAUGCUAUGCCGCCUGCACCGGACCUAAGGACCUGAUUGUUAAACUUUUGGAUAAAGUUUUUACUCCAGAGGAACUCGCCAGGAGUAACUUCUACGGAGGAGAAGUUUUUAAUGGUAGACUUGCUACGAAGGAGGCGUUGUGUUCCAAGCCUGCGUUUCGUGCUUUGGUUGCUCAAGCUGGGAUACAGUUUCCCGGCACCACCACAAGCUCCAGGUUUCAGCGGGAAGUAAGGAUUGCCACCAACAACAGAUGUCGACGUAUUGCACAUAGACUGAGCACAGGACGAUAAAUCGGAACUAUUUACGUGUGCUAUGUGGACAUUUCUAUUGGAAUUUUCAUAUGAUAAUAUUUGGCCUGAAUUCGUUAUUGAUGCAUGUGCAAUAAUAUUUUUAAUUAUCUUCAUUCGCCUUAUUUAAUUCAGUUUUGAAUGUUUGCAAUUGAAAGUUUUAAAUUUACCCUUCGAUAAAAUAUUUGUAAUUAUCUUAUUUUGCCUUAUUUAAUUCAGUUUUGAAUGUUACAAUUGAAAGUUUUAAAUUUAUCCUUCGAUAAAAUAUGGAUCUCUUUUGAUUUAACUUUUAAUUUCAUUUAAAAUCCACAAUUAUCUUCAUUUGCCUUAUUUAAUUCAGUUUUGAAUGUUGCACCUGAAAAUUUUAAAUUUACCCUUCAAUAAAAUAUGUAUCUCUUUUGGUUUAAUUUUAUUUAAAAUCCACAAUUAUCUUCAUUUACCUUCAGUUUUGAAUGUUGCAAUGGAAAUGUUUUAAAUUUUACCAUUCAGUUUAACAAACGUACAGGUCUAUUUCGGUUUAAUUUUUGAUGUUAUUCAAAAUCCAAAUCUUUGUUUAAAUUUUGUUUCGUUGGGCAAUGCUUUAUCAAUUUUGGGUUGAUGCAUGUGCAUUAACAGAUGGUCUUCGUUGGUUUCGUUACCUGCCAUUAGUAUUCGUUUGUGGCGUAGACUCAAUGUUAUCGUUUAUGGUUGUAUGAGCAUUUAGGUUUAUUUUGGUUUGUAAUAGUAAAUUUCUUCAUUUGCCAUAUUUCAUCAAUUUUCACAUCCACUUGCUGUGGAGUUAAGUUUGUAUUUAUUACGUAUAUUUGUUGAAUGUAAAUGUAUUUUACCAUGGAAUGUAUUCUUGGAAUAAAUAAUAGUUUGAUAACGUACACGAUUCAUUUGUUAAACAGUAUUUUUUUACAGAUUUUUCUUUGGGGGUUUUAGAGAGAGCUGAGUGAGGGGGGAGUGGUGAUUUGGAAAUAUAAAAGGGAAAUGGAAGUUAGAUAAUCAAGAGUUAUGACAAAAGGAUGAAGAGUGGUCUACAAAAAUAUGAAGUGCUAAUUUAGCACUUACAGUGCUUGUACAGUGACUGCACUACAAUCAGUACUUGUAGUGCAGUUACUAUACAAGCACUGUAAGUGUUAAAUUAGCACUUCAUUUUUAACAGUGAAAAUAUGUGAUCAUGGAUUGAAGUAUAAUAGAGAUUUGAAGAUAUACCCAAAAGGUUAUGAGAGGGGAAAAGCAGAUUAGUAUAAAUUGUACAAAUGUUAAGUGAUUGAAAGUGGAUUACUGUACUAAGAAUGCGGUAUCAUGGUACGAAUUUAUACUCCGGAAAGAUUUAGAAAUGACCGCCCAACGAUCUUUUUUUAACAUUAAAUUGUUAAUGUAACAGAGGAUAUACUAGGAAAUACUCGGGACAUGUACAGAAAUAUGAAUCAAACGAUCCAUUCAAAAUGUCAGGUUGAUUAACUUUUUAUUUAAUCAAAUAAAUACAAGAAUACGUUCGUCAAAAAAUAUAAAAUGCUGCUUGGGCAUCCCUUCAUACUCGGGACAUGUUCAGAAAUAUGAAUCAAACGAUCUAUUUUUAAUGUCAAAUAUGU